CUGGUGUCUUUUGGAGGCAGGUUCUCCUUGUUGCCCCCACUGAGGGGGCUGGAGGGACAGUUCAGCCUCCUGCAACAAUAGGUGGGAAAUUGGGGAGGCAGCCCUUUGCAAGGAGAUGCCGUGCUAAUUGCAGGGGGGCAAUGAGGCAUGGGUGGGAGGGGGGACAUGGCGUAGAGCCACUAGCCCCCACUGAAGCAGGGCAUCCCAUCGCACCACACCAUCAAGUACCCUGGGGUGAGGUGAGGGGGAUAUGGAGACCCUAAAUCUGUCCCUGUCCCCCUCCCUUGACUGUUCCUGAGUCCCUGUAUCCCUGUGUUCCCACAUCCCCAUGUCCCCAGCCAUGCAGCAAGUCCUCGACAACCUCCUGGGCCUCCCCAGUGCCCCAGGUGCUGCUGACCUUGAUCUCAUCUUCCUCCGCGGCAUCAUGGAGAGCCCAAUAGUAAGGUCCUUGGCAAAGGCCCAUGAGCGACUGGAGGAGACAAAACUGGAGGCAGUGCGGGAUAACAACGUGGAGCUGGUGCAGGAGAUCCUGCAUGACAUUGGGCACCUGGUGCAGCAGGACAGCGCAGCAGCCGAGCUGGCCCGCAUCCUGCGUGAGCCCCACUUCCAGUCCCUGCUGGAGACCCAUGACUCAGUGGCCUCCAAGAGCUAUGAGACACCUCCUCCCAGCCCUGUUCUGGAUACAACCUUCAGCAACCAGCCUGUGCCCCCCGACGCUGUGCGUAUGGUGGGCAUUCGCAAGACGGCUGGAGAGAACCUGGGAGUGACGUUCCGGGUGGAGCGGGGGGAGCUGGUGAUUGCCCGCAUCCUGCAUGGGGGCAUGGUGGCCCAGCAGGGGCUGCUGCACGUAGGGGAUGUCAUCCGAGAGGUGAAUGGGCAGGAGGUGGGCAGUGACCCACGGGUGCUGCAGGACAGCCUGCGCCAUGCCAGUGGUAGCGUCAUCCUCAAGAUCCUGCCCAGCUACCAGGAGCCACACCCACCCCGGCAGGUGUUUGUGAAGUGCCACUUUGACUAUGACCCAGCUUCCGACAGCCUCAUUCCCUGCAAGGAGGCUGGGCUACGCUUUGCUGCCGGAGACCUUCUGCAGAUUGUCAACCAGGAUGAUCCCAACUGGUGGCAGGCAUGCCAUGUGGAAGGAGGCAGUGCGGGACUUAUCCCUAGCCAGCUGCUGGAGGAGAAGCGAAAAGCCUUCGUGAAGCGAGACUUGGAGGUGGCCCCCACAUCUGGGGCCCUGUGCAGCAGCCUCAGUGGGAGAAGGAAGAAGAGGAUGAUGUACCUGACCACAAAGAACGCAGAGUUUGACCGCCAUGAGCUGCUGAUCUAUGAGGAGGUGGCCCGCAUGCCACCUUUCCGAAGGAAAACCCUAGUGCUUAUCGGUGCCCAGGGCGUGGGGCGACGCAGCCUCAAGAACAAGCUCAUCAUGUUCGACCAAGCGCGCUACGGCACCACCAUCCCCUACACAUCACGGAAGCCCAAGGAGAGCGAGAAAGAUGGGCAUGGGUACCACUUCGUAUCACGGGGUGAGAUGGAGGCAGACAUCAAGGCAGGUCACUAUCUGGAGCACGGCGAAUAUGAGGGAAAUCUCUACGGCACCAAGAUUGACUCCAUUCGUGCUGUGGUGAACGCUGGCAAGAUGUGCAUCCUGGAUGUCAACCCACAGGCAGUGAAGGUGCUCAGGACAGCAGAAUUUGUGCCCUAUGUGGUCUUCAUCGAAGCUCCCAGUGCUGAAACCCUGCGGGCCAUGAACCGUGCAGCACUGGAGAACGGCGUGGCUAUCAAGCAGCUCUCGGAGGCUGACGCCCGGCGGACAGUAGAGGAGAGCAGUCGCAUACAGCAUGGCUACAGCCAUUACUUUGACCUGAGUCUGACCAACGACAACCUGGAGCACACCUUUGGGCAGCUGCGAGAGGCCAUGGAGCACCUGCGGGCUGAGCCCCAGUGGGUGCCUGUCACCUGGGUCUAUUAGCAUGUGUGUACACCCGAGCACACACACACCCCUCUACUUCUGUCUUGAGGCCCACCGUGAUGAGCAUGCCCUGCUCAGCACCACCACUGUAGGGAGCCUCCCCUAGGAUGGAGUGUCUAUAUUCCGGUGACACCCAGAAGAUCCC